ACCCCUGGUUGUCAAGAAAGUAAAGAUGAGGCUGUUGCUGGUUUAUGGUUUGCUGCUGCUCUGUGCGCUGCUUGAGGUCGAGAGCAAGCGUCGAGAUCCACCCAAAAAGUCAAUUAAUAAUCGAGAGGUUACCACGCUGCCGCCGCAUGAGCAUAUUGUAGCACCCGGACCGGACGAGGACUUGCAAACGGAAGAGCUGAAGCCUCUUGAUGAUGAGUUUUAUCUCGAGAACGAUGUGAACAUCUGUGAAAAUAUGGUAGACGGUGCCAUGUUGCCAUUCGUAGGCAAAUGCAGCAAAUAUAUUUACUGUAAUCAAAGCGAAAUUGAAGAGAUUGGCGAUUGUGAAAGUCCAUGGUAUAAGGAGCAUCUUUGCGCUAAGGGAGACUAUGAUGACUGCCAUAUCGCUUUUAAUUAUAGAACUCAACUGUGCGUUUACGCCCACACGACUGAAUGCCUGCCCAAGUGUGAUCCAGAGAAGAUGAGCAGCUUCUGCUAUGAUCGCACCUGCUCCAAGUAUGUGCUAUGUUUCUAUGGGGUACCCGUGCUCAGGCAGUGCUUUGAUGGCUUGCAAUACAAUGCGGAGACGGAUCGUUGUGAUUAUCCACAAUAUGUGGAUUGUGUCGAGAAUCAUUGCAAUGACCAGGCAACGCCAGAGAACAUUAAUUAUUUGCCUAGCAAAGCGCAUUGUGGCAAGUAUUAUGUUUGCAGCGAGGGCACAACUUGGGCACAACGGUGCACCGAAGGCUUAAUCUUUAAUCCCAACUGCAAUUGCUGUGACUAUCCCUCGAAUUACAAGUGCAGUAUCACGGCAGAGCAGCGCAAUAUUAAAUCAUUUGCACGUGCGCCACCACGUCGCGCGGAUAUCACCUGCCCGGACUCUGGUCAUCAUUACUUUGCUCACAAGAGGCGUUCGGAUGCCUAUUACUAUUGUAGCAAUGGUCGUGGCGUUACUCUGGACUGCACACCGGGCUUGGUCUAUGAUGCCAAGGUUCAUGAAUGCCGUGAAGCUAAGUUUAUUGCCCUUUAAUGGUUAGUUUGUCUUUAAUUAAUAAUUCAAACCAAUUGCUUAGUUUAA